AUAUACAAUUGUGAUAAUAUGUUUGACCGUCAAGAUUGGCUCUUAGCGUAACAAAGUAUCGGUGGAGUAGCCUCAAAAACGCAUACUCGUUGGAGGGAGCCCUCUUGUUACACUGACAAGUUAUGUCCCUCAGUCCAAAACAAACUACACCGUUUUCCGUUACCGACAUCCUUAGUCCUAUUGAAGAAACUUACAAGAGAACCACCAUUGAGGCCGCCAUCCCUCCCCUCACUCCAUACAGGAAUCAUUCGCAGUACCCCAGUCCACAGAUGGGCAGCAUGAGUGUGCCGGUGACCAACCCUUACCACGGGGGCUACGUGCCCCAACUCUCCCAUCACACCCCCUCCUAUACCACACAAUUCUGCAACGGGACCGAGUUUGGACACUACGGGGACCCGACCCGCCACGGAUCCUCUAACUGGUACGGGACCAAUCCGGACCCCAGACUAGCAAUAUCUCGCUUGAUGGGUGGCCCGAGUUCAUGUGCGAUGUCCUCCAUGUCAUCAGGCAUGCAUAACAUGAACAUGUCGGCACUCGGAGGCUUGGACCAGCACAAGGCAGGGGGGAUCCAGUUCCCCAUCACCCAGAGAAGGAAACGGCGGGUUCUGUUUUCCCAAGCUCAGGUGUACGAGCUCGAGAGACGGUUUAAACAACAGAAAUAUCUCUCGGCCCCCGAGAGGGAGCACUUAGCUAGCAUGAUCAAUCUGACACCGACCCAGGUCAAAAUCUGGUUUCAAAAUCAUCGGUAUAAGUGCAAACGACAGUUGAAGGACGCCAAAGACAAAACCGACUCGUCCUCUCCCCCCUCCUCCCCCGCGUCAUCACAGCAGGACUCCCCGCGCCAACCCUCGCCCAGAAAAGGCGCCGUUUCUGUGCUAGUGAAAGACGGGAAACCAUGUUCGGGAUCGGGCUCAUCCGAAAUCGAGAACUCGGUUCAUCAAACGCAAUCGACGACGAAUUCUCAGACGAGGAUGAACGUUGGACGGCAGGGGUCCAAUGGAAGCUCUCAACUCUCCCCUCAUGAUCAACCAUCUAAACAUUUGUCUCAUUCCAUGAAUAACUGUAGCAAUUCUACGCACAAUUCCAUCAAUUCUCAUUCGAGCUAUGGAGGGGGGAUACAUUCAGGACUUUAUCCCUCAGUGACCAUGAACGGGGGCUUGGGAUCUCCUUACGGAAUUAGCAGUCGGUCUUGGAUAAAACCGGAGGGAAAUGAAUUUUACACCGGAUAACUGUAGCUAAAACGUGGCAUUUAAGAGAAAAGGGACCUCUCCUAAGAUACGCCGAAGCCUAUUUUACAGUAGGAUUAUGGCUAGCACAGCGCCCGGCAUUUAUGUACCUGAAUUUUAACAGGACUAUAAAACGCUGACAAUCCUAAUAAAGAUUCGCAUAAAACUGCAAUCAUGUAUCGAUAUCAAAGAAAGAGGGUCGGGAUCGGGCGUCGGGACGGAAAACAGUGUUUGUAUUCCGAACUGGAUAUUAUACUCAACUUACGUCAUUAAUGGAGUUGAUGUGUAAUUUCCUCUUCAUCAAAUAGUGCUGAUUUUUUUGACAAACAAGAGACUAUCAAGUAUACGCAAUUUUAUACAUUUAUGAAAAUGAUUUUUCAUAUCUAGGAAUAUUGUCUUGUGUAAUAAGUUUAGCAAUUUAGGAAUAAAUUAUUGAAUGCAGUAGAAGUAAA